GAGGCACACUCAAAACAACCGGUUUCUCUGGACGUUCAUUCUAAAUCUCUGCACGCAUGUAUGCUUUCGUAACAGUAGGCUCAACUCGCUUCGACGGUCUUGUCCAGCGAGCCCUCUCGGACGCCGUGCUCGACGUUCUCCGCGCGAAAGGUUACUCGAAGAUCGUCGUACAAUGUGGCAACUCCGAAUUCGACACCAAAUCGUACGAAUGGACAGGCGAAACCUGGGUCAGGCGUGGUGAAGAGCAUAUCGAAGUCUGGAGAUUCAAACCGUCGCUGCAGGAGGAGUAUGAACAAGCGGAUCUCGUCAUAAGUCAUGCGGGUUCUGGGACUAUUAUUGACGUGCUUCGCCUGAGAAAGCCUCUAAUUGUGAUUCCCAACUCGACAUUGCUGGACAACCACCAAGAAGAGCUUGCUUCCACCCUCGCCCAACUUAGGCAUCUCAAGGCGUCCACCAUCUCUGAACUUCCCAAGGCUAUCGAGUCGCUAGAGCCCUCAGGAUUCGUGCCGUUUCCAGUAUUCGAUGGCAGCAGGUUCCGCGAGAUGCUUGACGAGGAGAUGGGCUUUGCGUGACCAUUUGGGCUUCUCUCUGUACUUUUUUGUUCUUCUGGGGUUUUGGAUUUAUCUUGUACGGCUUACUGCAUACCUGGGACCUCGUUGUAUCACUACACCACACAUACACGAAAUUCCUAUUCUUGUUCUCCA